AUGAGUGGAAGGCCCCUGGCAGCCAAAAUGAAGUCUCUGCUGUCUGUGUGCUGCGUGCUGUCUCUGCUGGCCCUGUCUGCUGCAGGGUCCUCCGUCCACAAUGAGGAGCCUCUGGUGCAUCUGCAGCUCCAGCAGCCGGAGGGAGACCUCUUCUCCUGUGGGUGUGACACAACAGAGGAGCACGGCAGCCAAAGCUCCUCCAAUGACACCCCGGCCCCUGAGAGGGCCCUGUGCCAGCCCUGCACACCUCCAUCAGCUGUAGAUACUGAGGAAGAGCCAGCAGUAGCCUCAGAGCAUGAAGAAGAGGAGGGGCGGGCAGCUCCUGUGGAGGAGGAUGCUUCCAGAGAGGAGGUAACAAGUGAUGGACAGGAAGAGGAAGUAGCAUCUGAGGCGGCGGCUGAGGAGGAGGAAGAAGUAGCUGUGGAGGUUGCAUCAUCUGAAGUUGAGGAAGAGGAGGAGAACAUUGAGGAAGGAGAGGAAGAAGGUGAACCUCAGGAGGAAGUUGCUGCUGAAGAAGCAGUCGCUGAGGAGGAGAGUGUGGAAUCUCCUGAGGAUGCAACUGAGGAGGAGGUUGCAGAGGCUGAACCAGAACCAGAAGCAGAACCAGCUGAGCUUCCUCAAAUAGACUCAGACCUUGAAGAAACCGAGGCAGAAGUGAUUGCAGAGCCUGAACCAGAACCAGAGGUGACUGCAGAGCCUGAACCAGAACCAGAGGAGGUUGCAGAGCCUGAACCAGAACCAGAAGUGAUUGCAGAGCCUGAACCAGAAUCUGAGGCGGUUGCAGAGCCUGAACCAGAACCAGAAGUGAUUGCAGAGCCUGAACCGGAACCUGAGGCGGUUGCAGAGCCUGAACCAGAACCAGAAGUGAUUGCAGAGCCUGAACCAGAACCAGAGGUGAUUGCAGAGCCUGAACCAGAACCAGAGGUGGUUGUAGAGCCAGAACCAGAAGUCAUUUCAGAGCCUGAACCAGAACCAGAGGUGAUUGCAGAGCCUGAACCAGAAGUCAUUUCAGAGCCUGAACCAGAACCAGAGGUUGUUGCAGAGCCUGAACCAGAAGUGAUUGCAGAGCAUGAACCAGAACCAGAGGCGGUUGCAGAGCCUGAACCAGAGGCGGUUGCAGAGCCUGAACCAGAACCAGAAGUGAUUGCAGAGCCUGAACCAGAACCAGAGGCUCUUCCUGAAGUGGAGCCAGAGCCUGUUGUGGAGGAUGUCACACCAGAAUCUGUUGAGGAGGCGGUGGAGGAGGCAUCAGUGGAUGCUGUUGAGGAAGCACCUGCUGUUGCCGAGGAGGUGACGGUGGAGGAAGUGACGGUCGAGGAGGUGACGGCGGAGGAGGUGACCGCAGAGAAGCCUGCACAGCUGAAAACCAAAGGGCGCAAUGCAUCAGCCCGUAAACUGAGGGACCGCUCCCACAUCGAGGACACACUGCGAUUGGCUACUGAAGAUCCCUCAGAUGAGUUCUCAGCUGAUAUGAAGAAACUAUUGAGCAUCUACCACAAUGCCAUCAAGCCAAUGGAGCAAGCCUUCAAGUACAACGAGCUCAGGCAGCAUGAGGUCACAGACGGUGAGAUCACCUCCAAGCCCAUGAUUUUGUUCCUGGGACCGUGGAGUGUCGGCAAGUCCUCCAUGAUCAACUACCUGCUGGGUCUCCAUGGUACUCCACAGGAGCUUUACACAGGCGCUGAGCCCACCACCUCAGAGUACACGGUCAUAAUGCACGGGGAGAAGUUCCGCUCCGUAGAGGGCAUCGUCAUGGCAGCAGACAGCUCUCGGUCCUUCUCACCUCUGGAGAAGUUCGGCCAAGGCUUCCUGGAGCGGCUGGUCGGCAUCGAGAUGCCCCACAAGCUGCUGGAGAGGGUCACCUUCGUCGACACACCCGGCGUCAUUGAAAACCGCAAGCAGCAGGAGAGAGGUUACCCCUACAAUGAUGUGUGCCAGUGGUUCAUCGAUAGAGCGGAUCUGAUCUUCCAGGUGUUCGACCCCACCAAAUUGGACGUGGGCGCGGAACUGGAGAUGCUCUUCAAGCAGAUGAAGGGCCGCGAGUCCCAGAUUCGCCUCAUCCUCAACAAGGCCGACAGUCUCUCCACACAGAACCUGAUGAGGGUGUACGGGGCUCUGUUCUGGAGCAUGGCGCCGCUGAUGAAAGUCACGGAGCCUCCUCGGGUGUACGUCAGCUCCUUCUGGCCUCAGGACUACGCUGCAGACACCAGCCGGGAGCUCUUCAUGAAGGAGGAGAUCUCUCUGCUGGAGGACCUCAACCAGGUGAUUGAGAAUCAGAUGGAGAACAAGAUCGCUUUCAUCCGUCAGCACGGCAUCCGUGUGCGUAUCCACGCCCUGCUGGUGGACCGCUACCUGCAGACCUUCAACGACAAGCUGGGAUGGUUCAGUGACCCCUACGAGGUUUUCCAAGACAUUGUCAGCGACCCCGACAAGUACUACAUCUUCAAAACCAUUCUGGCCAAAACCAACGUCAGCAAGUUUGACCUGCCCAACAAGGAGGCCUACCAGGACUUCUUCGGAGUGAACCCGGUGUCCGGCUUCAAGCAGCUCUCCUCCCACUGCAGCUGGAGCGGAGGCUGUCUGCUGGAGAAGCUGGAGAGGGCCAUCUCACACGAGCUCCCCGCUCUGCUCAGCAGCGUCAGCAAGGCCGCAGACAAGCCUGCCCCAGUGAAGGCUGCACCCGCACCUCCACCCCCCCUCCCCGGCACCUGUGAGGGUCCCGGGUGUGAGGAGAAACCCAAGAACCGCUGGAGGAAGCAGUGAGAUGUAGGAGAGGGGUGCAGGAGGAGGAACAGAGGAGGCAGGAACCAGAGGGUUUUCUGAAGUGAUCCUCACUGCUGUGAUUUUCAGAACUGGGUAUAGGGAGACCAUGUGGGGAGAGAGAAAGAUAAUACAUGUGGGUCAGAAUACUUCUUUCUGCCUGUUUUUACCUGGAUGGAGUACCAAAUAGAUUUUGACAGUUCAAAUUCAUUGUAUAUGACCGAAAGUUAUACCCCAAGUGAUUUUCAAUUACUUUUCAUCAACCAUCUAGUGCACAUUGUCCUGUAAGACACCCUUCUGGUAUUAAGAUCAAAUUAAGGUCAAAACUAAAAGUAAAAAGUGACAUAUUGGGGGAGUUUGGAUGGAAAUAAAAGUAGUAUAGUGGUGGUCUAAUGGAUAGUGAGGUGGGCUGAAGAUCGGAAGGUUGUGAGUUCAAAUCCCGCCAGGAACACCACCACUAGUGUGCCCUUGAGUAAGGCACUUACUCCUUAGUUACUCCAGGGAGAUUGUCCCUGUAAUUGGUAAUUGAAAGUCGCUUUGGAUAAAAGCGUCAGCUAAAUGAAAUGUAAUGUAAUGUAAUGUAGUAAAAGAGGCCUCAAGUCAACUUUCCAUCUGAAGCUAUUGCUGUCUGCAAAAUGUGAGAAAUGUCUGCAGGAGAAACAAACUUCCCGAUCAUUACACCAGGAAAAUCCCAGACCUCUAUUUCCUUUGUUACCUUCCAUGUUAAUGAAAUCUGAGAAUGAAUGUUUUUCUCACUGUUUUUAAGUUUGUACAUUAUUUAUUCAAGUGUUCUCCUUCUAAAACAGAUGCUGGUAGCGGUUGUCAUUCACCAGUCAUACAGUUGAUGCUGCAACUCUUUUGUCUGCUGUGUUGUUUGCGAGUGCGGAAGAUUGAGUUUCAACUGCUGUGUUUUUACAGUUAAACCAGGGUAGGUUAUUACCGCUUCAGGAAGCUUAUUUUUUUUCAUAGGUGGGAGAAUACAAUAGAAAGAAGCUUGCUCUCGCAGUCGUUUAUUGAGCAGAACCAUGUUUAGUCCCCACAUUACUGCAUACUGUACUGUUUUCUUUAUUGUACUAUUCUACGUUAAUAGUAACAUCUUUUAUUUCAGCAUUUCUCAUUCAUGAGACUGAAUUGACUGAAUACAACCAUGGUGUCAUUUAAGCGUAUAGCUUUUAUUUGAUUUGAGUUUGCAUUUAAUGCCUCUGCCCUCUGAACUGUUGCUAGUUUUACCUGAACGCGGCGGCAUACCACACGGGCAUUUCCUUUGAAUAUUGUAAUCAUUUUCUUUUUCUUUUAGGUCUGUUUGUAAAAUUCCUUCUUUUGAGUAAACAACAACAACAAAAAUGAAUCUACGUG